AUGGGUUGUAAAUGUUCUAGGCCUCCUGUUCCUUUACAAGAGAGUCGGACUUCGACCAAUCUUCCCGGUGCACCACAAUUGCCAUCAUUGUCAGAAUACAUUAUUCCAGACCCUAGCCCAUGGAUUACACCAAUAUCACGAGCUAGGAUUUUCAUUCCCCAAUGGUUGGCCGGUGAUUUAGAGGUUCAUCAUGAAGUGUUUGAAAAAGAACCGGAAUGCGAAGCAAAGGCAUUAGCUUCAUCCAGUCCAGAAGCGGAAUAUGUAUGUACCGAAGAUGCGGUGACGGAAAAGGAAGAACACAUUUAUCAAGAAUCGACAAAACAAAAAUCGCUGACACUUGAAUUACCAUCAAUGGAACCCGAAAAUCACAUAACUGAGCCUUCGAAAGAAUGGACUGAAAUAAGUGGCGUGAAAAACGAAUUACUUGCCGAAACCGAUCCACAUUUAAUGGCAGAUUCUGGCGCUUUGGUCCCGUUUAAUCCAGAAGACACAGCAUGUCCAAGUCGGAGAUGUAGUUAUGGAUCUCCACCGAGAGGAGAUUCAUCGCACCCGGGGCAACAUGCUGACGGAGUUCCCGAUAUGACUGUGGUUGAGGCACAAACUUUUGUUGGUCGUGAUGAGUCCGGUACAGCGCAUCUCAUUAACAUGCACACAAUACGUCACCCGGUUUGCAAACAUGAUCCUUUAAAGGGUGAAAUACACAUACAAAUCACUCAUAAAACUCCAAUUCAUAACUGUUAUCCACGCUCGAACGAACAUACAAUGCGUUCGUCACAGCCUCGCGUGGAUGUACCCGUAGAAUUUCGUGUUCCUGAAACAACAGAGGUAAGUCAACAACAACAACAACAACCAAGAGAGACCAUGCACAUCAGAAUGGGCGUCCCGGUCAAACAUGAGCGUUGUCCUCCAAGGUCCUGUUGCUCGGCAUCAAGACAGCCGGGGACAAAGUCCAGCUCCUUUAGAUGUAUGCCCUCCCCUUGUACGUCACCACGAGUUUCUGAUGAAGCGCCUGAUGAACCGUACCCAAUACCUACAUACAAUCAGCCUCGCACUUCCAUCAACUACCGGUCAGUUGAUGAGAUCCUGAAUCCAAUAGAUGAGCCAAUUAUUCAACCAACGAGUCAUGUGCCCCCAACAAAAUGCAGUCAUUCUCGCUACGGAGACUAUCAGACCAAUUGGCAACCGGAUGAUCUAAACAAACAGAUGGGAAUCACAUCGAUUGCACAGCUGGAAACAAAUAGUAGUGCUCACAGUGAAUUGUUCACGGACAGUCGCACUCUAACACGUGGAAUAACAUCCACAUACAUGUCCCCAGAAAAACAAUCAUUAGACACAAGUGAGCUGUCCGAGGGGGUCAUUUUAAAAUCGCCGGUUGAAUUUCCCACAUCCACAACACAGGAAAUGGGAUCAAAAACAGUCAUGCAUAAGGCGGCCACAUUUGUUGAGAUGAUCCCCUCAGGUCCGACACUUUUUCCUGCUGAAAAUCCAGAACAUUCCUCAGACAAGUCGGAUACAAUCAAAUCGGGUUACUUUACAACAGAGGUCACAAACUCGGUGCCAAAUGAAACACUGGAAGAGUGGAACGAUCAGAUACCUGUUCAACAUUUAGGUGCGUCUAGCAUUCAUUCGGCUGGUACACAAAUGCGUAUGCGCGACACACGGAAACCAUUGAAACGAGCCGUCCUGAAUCGAAUUGCCGGACAGCGUCAACAAGAUGUUGUGCUUCAAUCCGCUCCAUCCAGUGAUUCCGUACAAAACCCAAUUGGUCUAACACCAUACACUACAAAACAUUCCCAGGCUCAUCAAGCGGAUACCCACCAAAACGUGUCUAAAAUAAACACCAAGCAAAUUUCCGACCGAAAUCAUCUCCCAGUCGGUAAGAGAGUGGUUCAGCUUCAACGAAUUGAACAGGAAGAGGAGUCAACACGAUCGGUUGAUACUCCGACCCAGAAAAUUACCCGUUUCAGUUUUGAUAGCUCCAAAGAAUAUCACAAAACGCUGACGGAAGAAACAUCCUUCAGUGAGACGAAUACCACGGACCAUUUGUUCCCUGAUCACGAAACUGUGGGCGAUCACAAACCAGUGGCUCCGAGUUUGCCGAAUAAAAGUGCGAUCCCUAUUUACACACGAAUUCAAACGAAUACGUCAACCGCGAAACACUGCCGACAACAAUCACCAGACAUGAAUCGUUCCAUGGCUGUAACGAGUGAGAUCGAUUGCCAGACUGCGGUGAGCUCAGCGUCGCGGAAUAUGAAAGAUAUGACGACAAGAAAACGCUCCACUGCGGUCGCUCCCACAUUUUUACCCCCGAUCCAAUCGCACACCAUGGUUAGUACAUCCGUAACCGCAACACUGACCAGAACUGGGCCAGACAUUGGUAGAAAUAUGCGAGAGACAAAACAGGAAGUAGUGAAGACAAUGCUUUCUCUGCCCAAAUUAAAACAGGAGUCCGCUGUGGCCGGAGACAAGGCGCCCACACGAAACACGCAUAAUGCCGAGAAACGAAAACCGCAAGUAUCGAUGAUACAUGACAAAGGAAAGCCUUACGACUUGUUGGUUCUUCAUCAGUCAAAAAAGAAAUAA